CCAACCGAGAGACCGCGCAGCUGCGCAGGCGCGAGUUAUGUGUCCCUGGCAUGUGAACCCGAACUCGGAAGCCAAACGGACAUGUGCAGACACAAGUCUCCCCAGCCAAACACCUUCCGUCUGGAGCCGGAGAACCGCUUCAGUGUUCCCACCGUGCGGGACGUCAUCCUGACCGUGCUGAGCUGUAACCUGGGCGGCGACGUGUACGAGGUGGACCGGGCACGGGAACAGACCAAGGGCCUGGCGCAGGAUAUCAUGAGAAGGGUGAAGGCUCUGGAGUAUGACAGAAUGAAGCUGGUUGUAGUUGUGUCUAUCGGAGAGAAGCGAGGUCAGUGUGUUCACGUGACGUCACGCUGUCUGUGGGACCUCCAGCGGGACAACUUCGCCACGGCGUCAUUCCACAACGAGGCUCUGUACGCCACAGGGACCGUGUUCGGGGUGUAUUACGAAUAAUCUGUGGAAUCAUUAUGUAGCAAGUUUUACUGUAAGUUCCAACGCACGAAAUUGGACUCACCCACAUUUUCGACUGUACAACUCCAGUCUUUGUCAAGGAAUGAGCUUGUGACGUCAUGGUCUGUACUAUGGUCUACAAGUGCUUACAUGCGCGUGCACCUGAUUAUCUGCUGCACUGCUUCAAUUAUAAUCAUCAAACCCAUCAGUACAAAACAAGACAAGCGAAUCUACUACGCAAACCCAAAUACACAAACAGCUGGAUUGCGAACAUUUAAGUUAUAACUUGUUAUAUGACGAAACUAAACAGGUAAACACCUUGAAUGCUUUUAAGAGAGCACUAAACACAUGACCCCUGACCUCACGGACUGACUUAUCUUUCGACUGGGAUGAUACGGACUAUGCUUAUGCCUUAUGAUUUGACUAUUUGCUUUGGUUCACAUUUCUUGUUUCUUAUGAUUAAUUACUUGUACUCUUUGACUCUUUGUUCAUAUUAUACAUCAUCUCUAUGUUUAAUUAUUUAACUAUUGUUGUGUUAAUUUUUUCCCACACUAUACUUAAUGUCAUUUAUGUCUAAUAGUGGUAUGUCCUCUGUAACUGUUCUGUUAGGCUUCUUUGGAAAUCAAUAUUGUCCAAAACUGAAGGUA